AUGAUUUCCUUUGAUGAAAAUGGGAACCUAGAAGCUCAGCCUCUGUCUUUGUGCAAUGAACCCUGUCAUAAAGGUCACAGCAAGACUAAGAAGGAAGGGAAGCCAUUUUGUUGUUAUGAUUGCCUUCCAUGCCCAAGAGGAAAAGUUUCAAACCAAAUGGACUUGGAAUCUUGUUACCAGUGUCCAGAGGACCACUAUCCCAGCAAAGCCCAGGAUCAGUGCAUCCCAAGAGACAUCAGCUUCCUAUCUUUCCAUGAGCCUUUGGGGAUCACCUUGGCCAUUGUUGCUCUUUUAUUUUCCUCCAUUACAUCUCUGGUCCUCACAGUCUUCGUUCAGCACAAGGACACUCCCAUCGUCAAGGCCAACAACCGAGGCCUCAGCUACACCCUCCUGGCCUCCCUGCUGCUUUCCUUUCUCUGCCCUUUGCUUUUCAUUGGGCGGCCUCAGAGGGCAACCUGUCUCCUUCGCCAAACUGCUUUUGGCAUCAUCUUCUCUCUGGCGGUUUCUUGCGUGGUGGCCAAAACCAUCACUGUGGUCCUAGCUUUCAUGGCCACCAAGCCCGGCUCUCAGAUGAGGUCAUGGGUGGGAAAAAGGCUGGCACUUUUUAUAGUGCUUUCCUCCUCUUUCAUUCAAACCAGUCUCUGUACUGUGUGGCUUGUGAGCUCUGCUCCCUUCCCAGACUUUGACAUGAACUCUUUGCCUACAGAAAUGGUCCUAGAAUGCAAUGAAGGCUCCACUGUCAUGUUUUAUUGUGUUCUCGGUUUCAUUGGCCUCUUGGCCAUGAUCAGCUUUACAGUGGCUUUUCUUGGAAGGAACCUCCCAGACAGUUUCAACGAAGCCAAAUUUAUCACCCUCAGCAUGCUGCUCUUUUGCAGUGUCUGGAUCUCUUUUGUCCCAGCCUACCAGAGCACCAAAGGGAAAUACAUGGUGGCUGUGGAGAUCUUCUCCAUUUUAGCCUCAAGUGCUGGAUUAUUGGUCCUCAUUUUCUCCCCCAAAGUUUACAUCAUCUUGAUAAGACCUGAGCUGAAUAACAGGCAACAACUCAUGCAAAAAAAACCACAUAACUUGAGUUAA